CACUGUAUUCUGCUUUGUAGCCUCAGGCCGCAGAUGGCGAGAUCAAGAGCCCCGGUUUAAUCAACUUCCCUCCUUGUUUCCUCCCGACUCAUUCUCGUAUUCUAUCCUGUCUGCCCAUCGAUAUUCUACUUCAACCAGCAUUUCCUAACCUCCGAUAACUCAAAACUACUCUACUCUUCUACAUAUCUACCCGCUUCAAAUUCUCCGUACAAUACACACGAAUCAUCGAUCCGAACAUACCGUACCUACUCUACUCGAUCUUUCAACGUUCAGUAUGGGUGAACAAGAGCAACCAAUGGUCUCCCACGGCCGCGGAGGCCAGGGCAACAUCGGCCAUGAUUCUACGCAAUACGUUGACGGCGAGAUCGUUCGCGAGGGCGUAUACGGUGACCAGGGUGAUGGCGCAUACUCCGCUGGUCAAUCCUUCCACUCCCUCCACUUCACAUUAUACGCGGCGGCCUCGGCAACAUCGGAUCCCCCCCGCGUCCGCCCAACCUCCAAAGUGCCCCACGACGCCGAAAUGAUCCCGGAGCUGGCAGUGCGCAACUCCUCGGAUGAGAAUUACCAUGUUGGUCGCGGCGGCCAGGGUAACGUCCACCUUGACGAUGCGACUCGCAAGGACAAGGAAAAGAAGAAGGGCCUUGCGCAUGAGGGUCUUGCGGAUAAAUUGAAGCAUAAGCUUAUGGGGCGGAAGUAGAGAUGCACCAUCUCUGCUUGUGCUUGGAAGAACUGUCGAUCGGGUCUAGUCUCCUUUUAUACUAGGGGAGAUAAGAUUUGUUCGAGGAUUGGACGGAGGAGAGGAAGUGGUUGGUUGGUUUUGCAAUUCUGAUUCCCAUUUUGCUUUGCGUUGAUUGAGUAAUAGUCGUGAGAGCUCUCUUAGAGGGUGGUGGUGGAAGAGGUUUGAUUUUAAUAAUAUAUACUGACUGGAAUACGCCUCCAUUCUCCGCUGCCAGGCCUGGGUUGUAGCUAAUAUCGUAUCUUAUAGAAC